AUGGCUGGGACGCUGGACAUAAACGAUUGCUUGGGUUGCGACAAGUUACAUGUGGAAUUCUCGAGGGCCGACAAUGUGCACGUAAUCAUCUAUGAUUUGGACACAGAUCUACCCAACGAUCUGUCGGCAGUAACACCCGUGGCCCAGGCCAUUCUGCUGCUCAGUAGCCUGACUUAUCCGGAUGGCGAGAGUGUGUCGAAGGUUCCCCAGCUGCAAGUCGGAAGAGGAAGCGUCUCCAUGACCUUCGAGAUGGCCCCAUCGGAACAGGUCGACGAUGUGCAAAGCGACCUGGACGAGACGCCCUGCACCUCGAGACAGGCUGAGCGGCGACUUACGGCGCGGAUGCAGCGCAAGAGAGAGGCCUCCCUGAGGCUCCUCCAACAGCAAACGAUCCAGGUGACCGUCGAGCGUCGCUUCGAUGUCCUCACUUUGCUCGGCUCGGUCUCCUACAGGAUCAACGGGGACCAACCACAAAUCCUCACCGUCCCCGAGUUCCACGCAAUGUUCUUUGUCCGUCCCCAGUACUCGCAUAACUUUUUGUGGGAUCUCCACCAGAAAUGCGCUGGCAAUUGGCUGAAGGUUAUCCUAAGCGAUGACGAUGGCGAUGCCUUUAGCAGCUACAAAGACCCCGAAAACCCAUUUAAGACUUUCGCAAAACUUUUUUACCGCCGGGCAAUGGAACCACAGGAUUUUUUCAGCAAAUUGGCCAAAACCUGUGUGCACGUCAAUGAGGCAGUGCGACUGUCGGAGCGGAAGUUUGUGCUUCAGGUUUUUGACCAAGUGUGUCGUAUAUUCGAGUACAUUACAUUUUACGAGUACACCGUUUGGUUUUUGGUUCCACGCCUCAAUAAUAUCGAGCAACUACGGCCUUCGACGCUCGAAGACUUCGAUUUGACCAAAGUGCGAACAUCCAUUCGCGCCACAGGCGAUACUAGCAACAUUUACUGGGACCACACCGAUCACAAUAUUAAGGACAUUCUAAUGGUGGCAUUUCAAUUGGCCCUGGCCACCAACGUCAAUCAGUCGGUUCUGGUCAUCAGUCAUUUGGAAACGCUAUCCCAGUUUAUAACAAUGCAAUAUGUGACUGCCAGCUUUAUGAACGACUUGCAUGUCAAGAAAGACUCUGAUCCGAAAUGGUUUUGCCAUCGCUAUUUGCAGCGCAUUGUCGAAAAGGCUUUGUUUAUGGGCACAAUCGUCAUCAUUGAGUACCCCAGUUCGUUUACACAAUUGGAAGAAGGUCGUCAGUUGAUCAAGUGCUUUCCAAAAAAUAGGAAGGGAUCAUCGAGAGCACUGCAAUGGGAAAUAUUCGAGGAUGUUGUCAGGGACAAUGAGUCCAGCUUACAGUUUCUCAAGGAGGCUACAAACCACCUGACCAUGUAGCUUGCAAAAGGAUUCAUUAGCUUCGCCUCGAACAAAAUUCAUUUAUCUGCCGUCUGCGGCUUUCACACGCAAAUAUUUCCAUUUUCAUUUUCUAAUUACGCCUGAGCUGACGGGCCAGCUGAACGCCGCCU